AAAAUCUCUGCACGUCGGCGGGCCGAGGAAAGCCGCGACCAGGAUACUGCUGUGGGUUUAGAAGAUCGAUAGUUUCUGUUUUCUGACGGUAAUAAUGUCGAGGUUUGAUGAAUAGGGUUCUUGGCUUUCGAGGAUGGGGAUGCCGUGCCGACCGGCGACUGCCGUCUUGUUUGCGAGGCUUUCCGCUUCGCUCCUACCUCGGGACCUUGUGUGUCGGCUUCAACAUCGCGACAUCGUCGUCCUUGUGCUGAACCCCGCUUCUAUCAGUCCGAAGUGCUUCAGUUUCGUAUUCGAAUGCUGGGGGUGGUGCGUAGGGCUUUUGAUGGCUCGUUCGUUCGCUCAUCCCAGUCAUCGGCGUGCUUCAACGGGUAUGCAUGAGCGAUACCUCGGCUGCUGCUGCGAACAUUGGUUCGCAGGAGGGCCCCAUCUAUCACCACUCAGUCAGCGUCAACCCACAUCUCCAGGCCACUUUUCAACUUCCAGCGUAGACGUGAAUAUCGCGCCUCGCUCAAGCCCAACCUUGCGCCUGCGUGUAUUUCCCCCCCUUCAGUCCGCACGCCAUACUACUACUAACAACCCACCCCGAGUCAGUCACGAAGCACCAAAAAGCAAAGCAAGGCUAAGCCCCAAACCCUGAACCCAUCACGCCCAGCAAAACCCCCCUGACCCAGCCAAACAAGAAACGAAACACCUGCUGCUCCUACUCCUGC